AUGAUGAUGAUGUAUCAGCCUAUUAGUCGAAAAGAGUUAGAAAAAUAUUUGCCCAAUUUCGAUCCUUCCUGUGAUCCCCAAGUGGGCGAAUGGUUACUUGUUACUCCUCAUCGUCGUGUGGCACUUGUGGAUCCACUUAUUCAGAUCUCCCAAAAAGAAAAGAUGCGACCUAUUUAUCCAUGCAGUGAGGAAAGAGGUUUAACUGUUGUAUCCCCCACAGAGACGUUACCAGACACAGAAGCAUCGACGACCACACGUAUAGAUGAUCCUUCUCGUGUAUUCCCAUCAUUAGAAAAAGUGCGUCAGAAAUACUGUCGUCAUCGUCCUCAUUGCAUUUCUAAAUAUGAGAAUAUAAAAGAUGAUAAUAACAAUAAGAAGGAUAAGGAUGAUGAGGGAAAGAAUGAAAUGAAAGGAAAUGAAGAUGAUUAUGAAGCUGAUGACACCAUACUUUAUUUGAAUCCAAGAGCACUACUUUUGACACCAUGUGCACCAGCAGUGUUUGGUGGAUCUGAUUUUAUUGAGGGAUUAGAGACUGAAACCGGUCGUGUAGUUUUUGUAAACUGGCGAACAGGUGAAGUACGCACAGACACCGCAGCAUUACAACCGAAACCAACUCCAGAGUGGGCUGAAGGUGUAUUGGAGAAGGCCACAGUAGAGUUUGAGUCGUGGCUAAGGCGUGAGGUUAGUAUGAAUGAAAGAAAACCAGAAGGAAAGGAAGAGGACCGUGAUGUACCACCGUUGCAAAAGAUGCGGAUUCAUUGA